CUGACGGCAGCACGGGCACCGACGGCAGCACCGGCGCCAGCUAUGGCUUCGCUCGUGAAGAAAAUAAUCAGCACUACCAAGGCCCCUGCACUGGGUCCCUACAGCCAAGCUGUGCUGGUGGACCGGACAAUGUACAUUGCGGGACAGAUAGGCUUAGAACCUUCCACCGGGCAGCUUGUCUCUGGAGGGGCAAAGGAGGAAGCUAAGCAGGCUCUAAAAAACAUGGGAGAAAUCCUGAAAGCUGCAGGCUGUGACUAUGGCAAUGUUGUGAAGACUACGGUUUUGAUGGCAGACAUGAAGGACUACAAUGAUAUUAAUGAUGUUUAUAAGCAAUUUUUCAAGGCAAACUUUCCAGCCAGGGCAGCCUAUCAAGUUGCUGCUUUGCCCAAAGGUGCCCGAGUUGAGAUUGAAGCUAUUGCCAUUCAGGGACCCCUCCAAGAUGCUUCAGCCUGACUAUAAAUAGAGACUGGAUAUCCUACAGCAGCAGUUUUGGAUUUGAUUAAUACAUCCCUUACAUCCCAUUCCUAGAGUUGACUAACAGCAGUUACAUGCAGUUGAAAGUAGUAAAUUUACCAAGGAAAGGUGCCCUCUUCUGGAUUGGGGCCUUGGAUUCUCUAAAAUAUGAGCUUACAGUGAGUUCUCUGCCGGCAAACCCUGAAACCUGUGGGAGUCCUGCUAAAAUCAGCUGAUCUUGAUUGCAGGACAGGGCCCACUUUGUGAUGGUCACUGGAUAUUCAGGUAUUAAGGUACAUAUUUGGGUGAACUUAUAACAGUUAUACUGUCAUAAGUUAUACUAUGUGUGAUCUGGACAUAGAAAACUAUAAUGAUUUGUAAGUAACAAUUUUAAAUAAGAAAAAAUGACAGAAAUGAGAAAACAGAACACUUGAAUUGCGUAGGACAUAUUUUCACUUUGGGGGAAUUUUACUCCAUUUGUUUCUGAAUUGUCUUAACCUCUUUCUUUACAUAAUAGAUUACUGUUGGGAGUCACUUUUUUUCACAUGUAAGCAACUGUUUAAGAAAGUUAAUAUUAAUUUCAGAAAUAAGAAAAUUAUGGUUCUCUGAAGUGAAGUGCUAACUUUAUAAAUCAACUGUAAAUUAAUAUCUACCUGAACUUUUUUCAUAAUUUUUUCAUAGCAAUUCAACUUUGACUGUGUUUUGAUUUUAAAAAAAACAAGCAAAAUCCACAAAAAAAAAGUUUAAUGAGAAUAAAAUAUAAUUGCAACUGCAAAAACGUGCUUGUCUAUUCUGGGGACAAAAUUCUUUUCCUGAUUGUGCUUUGAUUAUCCAUUACAAAAAAAAAAUCCGCAUUUUGCUUACUCAAUAAGAAAUAAUUUGAACCAGAAGAAUAGGCUUAUUACGUCUCUCCUAAUAGCUAAGGAUGAAAUUCUCCAAGACAGGACGAUUUCAGCAAUUGUGGCAUUACAGUUCUUGGCUCUUUUUUUGCUGCCAUUAAGGUCAGAAGCAUCAGUUUGAUGGGGUGAUUAAGCCAUAUUGAGAAGUCUGACUGGUGUUGCUAGUAAGUUAUCCCAUCCCUACUGAUCUUCUAACCAAGUAGCAAUAGAUAUUGUGUUUUUAAGUAUCUGUUUGAAAGUCAGCUGCCUCAUGGCAGAGUUGAUUCCAUCUUCCCCACAGCCACAUGACUAAGCACAGUUGGUUUAUUCGGGGGAAAUGAGCAGAAAUUCUUUCCUGCUAUAGUCUGUCCACCUCAACAUCUUUUUUUUGCUCUCUUCUGUGAAGAUGGCCAUCGGAUUGCGUAUGGAUGCUGCUGUCACUGUGUCUUCACUGUCUUUGUGUAGAAAGUAAAAAUAGCUAUAAACAGCGUCUUGGAGAAAGUACUGUUUUAAUGGUGGAGAUGUGUACCUGCUUUAUCCAAUGUACUGCAAGAGGGAAUCUCGUAGGCUGCUCCUUCCAGAGGCAGUCGUUUGUAUGCCAGAGUGCCGUGACUGAGCGUAUCAGAAGCUAUUUCUAGUCCCAUCUUGUGUUAUCACACUCACUUAAUAUUGGUAAGCACAAAAGCAGUAAUAUAGUGAGGAGAAGGCAUAACGGUGGUUUGCCACAUGGCGAGUCCCAAUACUGUCUGUUCAGCUCUCCGACCCCAAACUUCAGUUCUGUGUGUGCGUUUCUGUGCAUAACGCCUGCUGAUGCUCCUCUUGCAUACUUUUACCUGGCUAAUGGUUUUCAUAUGGUAAGCACACAAGAAGAGUCCAAUCUGGCAGCACCAUGUUGCUGUCAAUCUUGCCAUGGCACAUGCAGAUGUUGCCUUGUGUGAAUCAUCUUCCAUCCCUGGAUAAACUGUAGGUGUCCCACUCGUGGUUUCUUACCUUCCUGCUCACCAGCUAUGCUUUCCAGAUCUUGUUACUUCAGUUGCAGUAAGAAUAUUUUGUAUUUUUCAUGCAUUCCUGGUAUCACUUUAGCAUACACCAGAUGGGCUGUUGGAAAAUUGUGAGGAAGUCAGCCCUAUUUAACCCUCCUGGAUGUGAUGGGAAGUGGCCGUUUCUGCUUUUCACUGAGGUUAUAAAUUGUAUCUUUAUAGAAAAAACAUUCAUAAUGAGGUUGUCACAGUAAGCAUAUACUUGUGAUGUGUGAUAUUUUACAGUAUUAUCUUGCUUUCCCUUGAAAAAAUGGGAGAUACUUAUUUUUAUUAGAAGCGAAACAAUGCUUUCAGUAUUUCAACAGCGAACUUCCAAACAACUUUUUAAAAGUACCUAACUUUUCUGCAAAUAAACUUCCUACACAUAAACUUUA